CCAUACAUAUUAUAUAAUGAAUAAAAGUUUGUUUUUAUGUUUUAGUAAAAAUAUAGAUUAAGCAGAUCCAAAUUUAAGAAUGGUGUAUUGUGCGCAGCGAUUUUCUUUUUAUAUAUUUUUGACUUUUGAAAUACGUACAACAAUCACCUAAAAUGGUUUUAUUACAAAUAUUUUUAAUUAGUAUAAACUCCAUAAACUGUACGCUGCGAUCCAUCCGCAAAUCCGGUAUCGAAAUCGUAACGAAACAAAGUCAGACCGUCAACACAGUCCUUAACGCGAUGGGUGUUAGUCCAGAAAGUCAAAAAUGCUGUGAUCAUAUACUUGUAUUCGUUAUACGAAGAGCGGAGAGCGGAGAGUAAUAAAUGCCAAUAAUAACAGCAUUGCUUAUUAAGUAGUUCACAAAAUGCUUAAUACGAAUUCGCCCAACGUUGAGCCGAAAGUAAAGGAACUGCUUUUGGAAAGGAGGCACUCAAUUAGCUUAGAAGUGUCUAAAAAACGACGUCAAAGUGUGGCAUCAAGCAUUUUCAUCCCUAAGGAUUAUUUACAUUCCGAGAUGCGGAUUAAGGCAGUUUCUGAAUCAGAAAACAAAUCUGUACCUCCCUCGAGAAAUAAGAAGCGCCUUGCUUGGUCAAUAAAUAAGAGAAGAAAUAUAAAUCGCGUAAUGCUAAAAAAGAAAUUGAAACGUGCAAAAAUUUCGAACAAAAAUAAUAAUGUUGCAAAAUUUCCAACAAGUCCGAUCUCACUAAAGCAUCCUGAAAGUUAUCCAAUCGUAAAGCAAACUGUUUCUAGUGAGAAAAUACGUUGUGUUGUUGAAAGUUUACGGGACAGCAACGAGCGACAAAAUUCAAUGUAUUCCACAGCUGCAAAGAAUUUUGAAACAAGUGAAUCGCUUUUUAAAAUGGAUUUAUUUGAAACAAAUGAGUUCGCAAAAGAACAAAAGCAAUUACAUAAUAUAAAGCCGGAGCAAGGAAAGGAAGAAGAAAGGGAAAAACUGCAACAGUUUCAAAUUUCAUCAAAUGUACUCCCACAAGUAAAAGAAAAUAAUGAAGCUGGGUCCGAAACUUUGGUUAUUAAUGACGAGGCACAAUCACUUAACCCACAGAUAAAUUACAGCUCUACAAACAGGGUAGAAAACUUUGUUAUAUUGGUGGACUCAAGCGGAGCUCAUGUUGAGAUCAAAUAUGCCGGCCAUCCAUCACCACUCCCCAAUGAAAACGAAAAACUGGAAGGAGACAAUACAGCAGAUGAUGCAUCGCUCGAAGAAACGAAGAGGCAAUACGAGGACCCUGGCUAUUUCGAAAACUGUACAUCGACUGCCACAAAAAAAAUGGUUAACUCUCGAGAACAAGUAGAAAAUAUUUAUGUUAACACUGUUGACAUAUCAAGGCCAAACUCGACACCAAGCAAUCAAGAGGACAUUAUAGAUUUAAGCAUAAAAGAAACGGCUGCAGCAACCAAAUCAGUUCCAGUUGUUUACCGACCAUCUAAUGCUGAACUUAUUUACGGAUCUACAAUAAUAAAGGGAAUUAAUCCAAUAACCCAAAACACACAAUCAACUGACCAUGGACCAGAUACAUAUUUACACCCAGAAAAACAAACAAGGCUGCCAUGUCGUCAAAAGUUGCUUGAUCAGAUUCGUCCUUUUGCCAAGAAUCCAUCAUCUUCCAUUUCUCCAGCCUGCUGUAAAAGUCAUAAUUCAAAAGAGAGGUCAAAAUUAUCCGCAGGUCCUCAUAAAAAAAAAUUGCAUUCACUAAAUAAAUCGCAAGUAGUGCCGUUUCACAACCAUUCUUUCAUCCAACAAGGUGCGCAGUUGGAAACACCCCCAAUCAGUCCAAGGAAUAAACAAUGGAUACCAAUACCGCCGAGGAUAAAUUUUCCUAGCUAUAACCAACAGUACGGUCUGCGAAGUGGAUGCGUAACAGAAACUACCGAGAUUUUUUCCAAUACCCCUGCAAAUUCGAUGUCGCACAAAUUAACUUAUUCUCCUAAUGAAAAUAUAGUUUAUCCACCGACUCAGCAUUUCCAAAAUCAACUACUGCAAAUACUUGAUGAUACGCAACAACUCCAGAAAUUCAAUUCAGGUAGCUUUUUACCUCACAAUUUCAAUCAAUUGCGACAAAGCCACCAAUUUAAACAACUUCGCCAACAUCCACUCUCCCAACAGUCUUAUAAUUACAUGGAGCAAAAUCAACUUGCCUAUUCCUAUCAAAUGAGUAAUCAUCUUGACCUGCCUAGACAAUUUUAUCACCCACUCCACCAAUGCUUUCUCUCUAAUCCCAAUCCGUCUAGAUCAACAUCAGCUCCGUCUAUUCGCACCGCCGGAUUUGAGCCGAUAGAGACGUGGCGAUACCCCAGCAGGCCAAAUAUGAUACCUCCACCUCCAGUUCAGUCUGUAGAACCAGAUCAAAACUAUCUACCACCGACACCUCCUACAAUUGAUCGUUGCUUUCCCCAGCAACAGUUAACUCCUGCUAGCUUCCCAUUUCCAUCACCGAACUGGACGAAUACGCUUUAUAAUUGUCCAUCACUCCCCUCAAAAUCGCCAUCCUGUUGGAAUAUUCCACCUCAUACAUACUCAAUUCAACCAAAAUUGCCUUCUGAAAUAGAACUUUUAAGUCGUCUAAAAGGUUCCACUUUCGCAGCGAACUCAAUGAAUUCAUUAACACGCCAUACGCACAACAGCCUCUGGCCCUCCACUCAUUUACAUAAGCAAGCGCCAUCGCAUUUCCAUUUGAAUUACAUAUAGUCCCAAUAUUUCUUUGAUAGGUACAUUCAUACAUUAGGAUCAAGUUCGAAUAAAUUCUUGUAGAUUUAUUGCCGGUAAUUGAGCUAAAGAAUGAAGGAAAUAAUCUGUGCAAAGAGUCCGGAUCAGAGAUCUGCAUGCAGUGUUAUUUUGACGGCUUUGACAUGUAUGACCACUUAACGCAACACCGCAUUUGUAUGCUAUAACUCAAUACAAACAAUAGCAAUCAGAAAUUUUACCCCUUCUGCAAUUUCUCGGAACAAAAUAUGUAGCACAAUUUGAGUGUUUGUUUUAAACCCCUUAACCUAAAUUAUUGAUGCUGCGGUGGUGUUGAUCAGAAGUCAGAAGUCUUAUCUUUACAUUCCUAUCAUAAAAAUUUUGAUAAAACAUAUGCGAAUAUUUAAUGAAAGAAUUAUGAAUAUUAUUUAGACUAUUUUUUUAGUAAAGGCUGUGUUCGUAAAUGCAACAUGACGCGCAAACUACAAUUACAUAACAAACAGAACGUUCAGAAAUGCCAAUAUGACAGCACUGCAAUAAUCAAGCGUUCAAAAAGACAACAAUUCUAUAGCUAAAUACACACCAGGCAACCGUUGCAGCAACACGGCCAUGUUGAAGCAACCGUUGCCUCGUGUGUAGCUGUGUUGCCAAUUGAUUUUCGUGUUGCUGCAACCGUUGCCUGAAAUAUCAAAUAAAUUUGAUUUUUGGGAUAGGUUGCUGCAACCGUUGCUUCGUGUGUAUCAUUGUUUACUGCUUUUACUCGUUCAGUUCGUUGAAAACAAGCGAAGAAGAAGGUUUGUGCGGAGUAAAAUAAAGUGAAAAAGGAAAAAAUGGCAAUUGAAAAUAAUGAAAAUUAUGUUAAUUUUAUUAACGAAUAUAAAAAUUUGAGAGAGCUGUAGGAUAUAAGUAGUGAAAAAUAUAAUUUCAAGUCCGCAAAAGAGUUUCCUGUUGCAAGAUACCGCAAAGCUCAUAUUGCCUCUCUCAUUAUGGUAUCUGGUUUCCUUAUUUUGGCCUUUACGAAGUCCAACAAUUUUCUAAACAGGGCUUCGUCCAUCCUUAUGUAAUUUUUAUAGUCCGCUGGCUCAUUUUCCUUCAGUUCUUUCAACAGCCUCUCGUUCGAAAAUUCGAUUUUUUUUAAAAGCCAAUUUUUGGACCAAAUUUUCUUUAUCUUCUUUUGUUGCAUCUCUUCUUCUUCAUUUUCGUACAAAAGUUCGUCAAUUAUAAUAAGAGAAGUAGUUUUACGUAUUUCGUCGAUCAUUUAAAAAAUUUAAUUUUACGUAUCUUCCGCUUGUACCUUUCCUGCACCACAGUUAUACACAAUACUUAGAUUGAAGCAACGGUCGCAACGUGUUUCUUAAACAAAGGCAACACAUUGCUGCAACACGUUGCUUCAACGGUUGCCUCGUGUAUAUCUUGCUUAUCAGUUGUCACUCAUAAUUUCUAUCGAAAAAUUGUUUGUAAGUGCAAAACUGUUUUAUUUUAAUUUUUGUAUUGAAAUUUAGUUAAAUUAUGUUAAUAAUAAUUGUAGAAAUUAUUAUUUUUAAAUUUUUAGUGAAAAUCUCAGUAAUGCGGAGACACAGUUAUUGCUGAGAGUACGGUUGAAUAUGGAGGACGAGUUUAAAUCGGGUAGAAGGAAAAAAAAUGUAUUGUGGAAAGUGAAACUAUAAAUUAUUAAUUUUCAUAAAACUUAUAAAACCUUACUUUAAAAGUGGCCCAAUUCAUUCGAAAAUGGGAAUAGAAAAUGUCCUCGGGAAACGACUUUAUUGUUUUAAUAAACGAUUUGUUUUUAGGUAUUUUUCUUUUUAAAGACAAACAUUUGUACCUAAACAUUUUUCUCUUUGACUUCAAUAGCCUUCUUUUUCUUCAAUUGAAAGAAAAUCUAUCUUUUCUUUGCUCACAAAUUUCGUCUAGUGUUAGAUUCAGCAAAAUUUCCAUUUUAGUAUUAUACGCGUUCAAAAAUGCACACAAACGUAUUUGCAAAUUGUCAAAAAUUGUAUAAGAAGUAUCAAAUGUCAAACUUGCAGUGUUGCCACUGAUGCUUAUGCUGCAAGUCAUGUCGCAUUUACGAACACAGCCAAAAUUAAAUAAAUAUACAUAUAAGUACCUGCUUUUAAAAUACAAUAUGUAUAUGCUACAUAAUAAAAUUAAAUAAAAAUAUAUGUUUUAUAAGUGAA